AUGGAGGUACAUAUUCGCUUACAGCUUAAAAUAAAAGUUGUAAUUUUAACCAUAAAGAAUUUAAAGGUGACAAUACUAAAUGCUAAAUGUAAACCUAUGAUGGACUUGCUGAUAUUCCUCUGUGCAAAAUAUCACUUAAACCCAUCAAGCUACACGAUUGAUCUUCUGUCAGCAGAAAAGAAUCCCAUUAAAUUUAAGCCAAACACACCAAUAGGGAUGUUGGAAGUGGAGAAGGUCAUUUUAAAGCCAAAAGUUUUGGAUAAGAAAAAACCUACACGUAUAAUACCAGAGAAAACUGUGAGAGUAGUGAUCAAUUUUAAGAAAACACAGAAGGCAAUAGUGAGAGUGAAUCCACACACACCACUUCAAGAGCUUGCCCCCAUUAUAUGUGAUAAAUGUGAGUUUGAUCCAUUACAUACGCUGCUGUUGAAGGACUAUCAGUCUCAGGAGGCUCUUGACAUGACAAAAUCCCUUAAUGAGCUGGGCCUAAGAGAAUUAUAUGCCAUGGAUGUCAGCAGAGACACUUCUGUUACUGCCUUCAAUAAAUCGUCUUUACAAGAAUCCUGUCAGAUAUCCCCAAACCUAGACAUGAUGAAGGAAAGAGAAAAUAAAGGAUUUUUCAGUUUUUUUCAACGCAGUAAGAAAAAGCGAGAGCAAACAGCGAGCGCCCCUGCCACUCCUCUGAUAAGUAAGCCUCGCCCAACACUUACGAGGUCCAAUACCAUUUCCAAACAAUAUGUUUCAAACACCCUGCCAUCAAAUGCACCCAAGAAGAGGCGUGCUCCAUUGCCUCCAAUGUCAGCAUCUCAGAGUGCCUCACAGGACCUUGCCCAAACCUCCAUGAGGCCAGCUUCUUGUAUAGUGAAAUCCAUGAGUGUGGAUGAAACUAAUAAGGGUCCCAGCGAAACAGACGUCGUCGUGAGGCCAGCCUCUUUGCAGCUGAGUAGUUCGCCCUUUGGGAAUUCGUCUUUGAGAAGGACAAAGCGAAAAGCACCAUUGCCACCAUCCAAAAGGCCUCUGCAUCAAAGUGAGGAAAACAGUCACAUGAUGGUGUCACCAUCAGAGGAAUCAGCUUCUCCCCAUAGUGUUUCAGAAGCAAACUCACCUGAGGGGUUAUCUAGCCCAGCCUCCCCUGACUCUGGGCUGUCCAGUCACAAGCAAAGCACUGCACCCGUGCUCACCACUGAGACCUCUGCUUCCGAGCAUUCUGGGACAUCUGAGGCGGCUGCGGCAUCACUGACAUCUGGAGUAAGUUCUGAUUAUAGUCUUGAAGAAAUAGAUGAGAAAGAAGAACUGAGUAAAUUGCCUAAAGAUGAGGCUGAAAAUAUUUCACCAAAAUUAAAAGACAUUCCUUCUGCAUCUGCUGAUAUAAUAAAUACCACAAAAAAUGAUUCUGACUCAGUCCUUGGCAAUGAUAUUGAAGAGUCUUCACAAAACUCCAAGGAAGAAAAACAAGAAACUAGAAACACAGAUGGACUAGGGCCACAUGUAUAUAACACAAGCAAUGCAGAGACGGCAGUUGACAGUGUACAAAACUUGAAGUCAUUGGGCUCAAGCCCAAAGAAUGAUCAAAAUGAAGUAAUUAAAACAGAAGAUAAUGAGAAAAAUGGGUCACUGAGUGAUGGUACGUCUGGCCUAUCUCCCGUCAACACAGAGGAAGGGAAGUCUAGUUCUGGGACUGACAUUGUGAACAUUCCACAGCUCGGUACCACCGAUAAGGAAAAUAAUUCUGCUCAUAAUGAACAGAAUUCCCAAAUAUCAACUCCUACUGACUCCCCAUCAUUGACCUUUAAGAGCUCUGACCCAGAAGAGAUCCAUCAGAGUUUGCUGACUGCAAUACAUUCUGGGGAUGCUGCCGCCAAAUUGAAAAGGGUCAGUGUUCCAUCCUGCACAACAUCUAUGAAUGGAAGUUCAAAAGGCAACCACCCCACACCCCCAGAGGCCCAAGACGGCUGUUAA